AUGGAGGUAUGUACAAUUCUAUAUUUACUCCUCAAUAUUUGUAUUGAUUUAAAUCAUAAACCAUCAAAAUUAUUUUGUUUUAAGCUUGAAAUCCUGAGUGUGUCUGGAUCAAAACCUAUUGGAAAGAUAAAUGUAAACGAUUCUGCCACUGUAAAAGACGUUAAACUGAAGAUUUAUAAAAAUUUAAAGAAAAACCUUUAUCCGGACAGACAAUCAAUAAAAACUGAGUUAAAAGGUAAAUCAUUAAAAGAUGAGGCUACAUUACAGUCUUUAAACAUAGUAAAUGGUGCCAAGCUCUAUCUUCAAGAUCUUGGACCUCAAGUGUCUUGGAAGAAUGUAUUUUUAGCUGAGUAUGCAGGCCCAUUAUUUGUGUACCUUUGGGCGUAUCAAAGACCAUGGCUUCUGUAUGGAGAGCAAACUUCGACACCUGGAACUGUAGCAAGUAUUGCAGCUAUUUGCUGGUCAGUGCACUAUGCUAAGAGAGUUCUAGAAACUUUGUUUGUUCACCGUUUCUCACAUGGUACUAUGCCCUUAAGAAAUUUGUUUAAAAAUUGUUCAUAUUAUUGGCUGUUUGCAUUAUACAUUGCAUAUCACAUUAACCAUCCCCUAUACACAGCACCGAGUAACAUUUGUGUUUAUGUUGGAUUAGUUGGAUUCACUAUUUGUGAAUUGGGUAAUUUGAGCAUCCAUAUUUUGCUCAAGAACCUCCGACCACCUGGCACCAAGGUCAGGCGCAUUCCUGUCCCAGAUAGCAACCCUUUCUCUCAACUCUUCAACUUUGUGUCAUGCCCUAAUUACACUUAUGAGUUUGGAUCAUGGCUCUUCUUUACAAUCCUGACCAAAUGUGCUCCAGCUGGUAUAUUUGCAGUGGUUGGUUUAUACCAGAUGUCAGUAUGGGCUCUUGGCAAACACCGCAACUACAAGAAGGAAUUCUCUGACUACCCCAAGGGUAGAAAAGCUAUCUUGCCUUUCAUGCUAUAA